CGCCCUCACUCACUCACUCACUCACUCGCUCGCUCUCGCUCUCUACCGCUCUCAAUAUCUCCCUUUGUUGCACUGGACCGACCCGGUAUAUGGUAGAAUAGACCGACCACCGUGUCUGUCCUACCCCGUGUGGUGGCCCUCGUCUCUGAUCGCCGGUCAACGCGGGUGGUCGAGAGAAGGCGAGGAGGCGUUCAUGUGCUGGAGGAGUAUGCUCGUUCGCCUACCCCUCAUUGCCACUUCGACCGCACAGGACAGCACAGGACAGGAACAGGAGCAGGACAGCACGACUGGCCGGACCUGAGGACGCCACCAUGACCAGGAAUGCCAGGCUCUCGACCUACACCACCGCCGACGAUGUCAGCAGCGUGUCUUCCUCCAGCGACAACGACGACGAGCACGAUGAGCCUUCCGAGGAGUGUGAGGACGAUCGCUGCCGAGGCCCACAGCUGCCCAUCUGGCAUUGUGUAGACUGCGACAGUUCGUACUGCAGUGAUUGCUGGGGAUUGCAAGGACCACACAAGCCCAAGAAAAAAGGCCGCGAUGGAGUCCCGCAUGAAAAGACGAGCCCAUUCGUGGUCAAGCGACUCCAAGGCAUUCUCAACCCCACCAGAAACCCCGAUAUGAUUCAACGGCUCCACGAAGACGAUGAGUCGACCAAAUGGUUCGGUGUUUCGCGAGACGCUACAGGACGACCCAACUUUGAGGACUACGGCCGCUAUGCCACCCUCAUGUCGAGCAUAUCGCCAGUCAACCUGCAGAACGCCGGCAACCGAUAUCCUCAGAUUGUCUCCUUUAUCGGAGUCACCAACGCCGGCAAAUCGACUCUGAUCAAGAUGUUGAUCAACCAUGAUGCCCACAAUGCGAACGCCGAGAACCGGGCCAUGUUUCCCUCGCCUGUCGUCGGCAGUGUCGUGAAUGACUCGCUGCCUACCUCGGGAGAUGUGCAUCUGUAUGCAGACCCGUCCAGUCAUACAGAGCAACUCCCUAUCUUGUACGCCGAUUGCGAGGGAUUCGAAGGCGGCGAGCGCACGCCACUGGGUGCGCGAUCGCGAAGACAUGCGGGCGCCGAGCCCGAGGCUGCACGCCCCGGGCACGUCCAUACGCGACAAAUUGGGUGGGCUCUAAACGAAGAAUCGCGGCAACGAGAGUACGCUGUCACGGCCUUGUAUCCUCGGCUUCUCUACACGUUUUCCGACUGCGUGGUGUUUGUGCUGCGCAACCCCAAGACGUUUCAAUCCGCCGUUCUGACCAAAUUGCUGGACUGGGGCGCCAGCUCGCUCGAGAAGUCGAUCAAUCAGCCUGCACUUCCACAUUGUAUUGUCGCCAUCAACGGCACGGACCCGAGUGUAGACGACAAGGAAUGGGAUGUCAAUUACGCGACCCAGAGCUUACUCUCCUCGGUCAAGACUGCACUCGACUCCGUGGAGGGCGUGCCUCGAUUUCGGGAACUCGCAGCGUAUUGGAGAAACUUGGGAAAGCACAUCUACUCGGUCGAGGAUCUCGUUCUGCGCUAUUACAGCUCGUUCAAGGUGAUUCGCAUACCCGCGAAGCCACGCUACACCACGAUCAACGAACAAGUGGGCAAACUCCAGGGCAUCAUCAAGGCCAAUUGCGAGGAGUCGUUCCGGAACAAGCGACGAGCACGCAUGUUGACGAAUGCUGAUGAGCUAAAUACAUAUCUUCAAAGCGGAUUUGACCAUUUCACCAGCUACUUGGACAUCCCUUUCAACUUUAUGCAAAUUUCUUUACUACGAAACCCCAUCCCAAACGAUUUCGGCGGGCACAUUCUCCAAUUGUGCACCACCAUCAGCGCACAGCAACCCAAUCACCAGCACGGACGGAUCGCGUGGGUGUUUGAGAAGGUGAGUAUGAUGCUCGCGUCGUGUGUCUUACUGGAUUGUGCUCGCUUCCGAAAGGGCAGAGUGGACGAGCUGUUCACCAAUUACGAAAAGUUCUUCGACUGGGCGAUGGGCGAGUACCUCGAAAUGCACUAUCCCUGUUCAUACGUGAGCGCAGAUGGCACGCGGCAGUGUAUGCUGGUCAAGGCGCGCCACAGCGUCAAGGGCCACCAGGACGAAAAAGGCAUCAUCGCUGCAGGCGACUACCAGGCCGCAUUGGAUACCGAUUUCCUGCCGCAAUGGAAGCAGCAGCUGCGGGCUGCGAUUGGGAGCAUUGCCCGAGACUUCCAAUAUGAACUCGAUCAGAUCUCACACGGAGACGAGCCGUCCGUGCCGGAGGAGCGCAUCGCACUGGAUCUCCACAUUGAGUAUAUCAACCAAUUCUUCGAGGCCGUGGGGCCUGCCUCAUCCAUGGUCAGCCAUGCGACGUGCUUCUGCUGCUUGAUGGACGUUCCCGAGCAUCCACUCCCCUGCGGACAUGUCCUGUGUACGGCAUGCAUCAAGGCGUAUGGCAAACCACACAAGUCCACGUUGCAGGUCUCCUGCUGCCCGCUCCAUCGGGAGUCUACCAAUUGGGCCAAGCCCGCCAAUAUCAGAUUCAAGCCGGUGGGAGCUGGAGCGCGUAUUUUGUCUCUCGACGGAGGUGGCAUCAGAGGUGUAGUGCAACUGGAAGUCCUGAGAUUCAUUGAGCUGGCGCUCGGUCGGCACCUACCUGUGCAAUGCUUUUUCGAUUUGAUAGUGGGCACAGGCACUGGAGGUCUGAUAGCCACUGCUCUAUCUCUCAAAGACCGGUCCGUCGACUCCAUCACGGACAUGUUCACUGCCAUGUGCGACCACGCCUUCACGCCUCGGCUCAAAGGCGUGCCUGUCAUUAGCCAGAUUGCCCAGCUGUUCGGGAGCGCGCCGAAAUACAAGACGAAACCCCUCCUCGGUGCACUGAAGACGGCCUUCACCGAGGACGAUGAUCUGUUUGGCUCGCACGACAAGCCACGCAAUGGCGCACGUGUCGCGCUGACGGCGACGAGCGCGACCGGGCAAGAGACGAUUCUGAUGGCCAGCUACAGGCGGCCGGAAGAUCCCAUGCCUGCAUAUGCCUUCGAACGACCGCACGACCCGGAUAUGGAACUGAAGACUCACGAAGCGAUCACUGCGUCCCUUGCGAGCCCGUCAUUCUUCAAGCCGUUCGUCUUUCAUGGAAAGUCCUACCUGGACGGUGGCUUACGGAGCCCCAAUCCUGCCUUUAUUGCAGAUCGAGAGCGAAAGCUCAUUUGGCCUGAUGUCGCAGAGCCUGAUAUCUUUUUGUCUCUAGGCACGGGCCAGAACAGAAUCACAGUCCUGCAAAAGCUGCAGGAUCGCCAGAAAGACGCCACUUUGGGCUCAGUGGCUCCUACUUCCUCCCAUGCGUCCAACAGUCUGAAACCAGGCGGCAGAUGGCGUACAAAACGCACCGACGAUGUGCUCGAUGCCGAGCUCGCGUGGCAGCACUUCCGGCAUUACGUCGUGCGAGACAGGGCGGAAAACAAAACUCGACGCUUUGUGCGAUUCAACCCCGACCUGGAUCGCGAGCCACCCAUGGCGGAUAGCAAGUCGGACUUGUUGUCGCUCCAGGUCAAUGUGCGGAAGCGCCUGCAAACAGCACAUCGGCAAGCCGCACUGCGAAACGUCGCCCAUAGACUCGUGGCGUCGUCGUUCUACCUGGAGCUGCAAUCGAAGGCGACAGCGGAGAAGAGCGAACAGAUCUGCACGGGUAUCAUCAGCUGCCGCUUCGACGACGGCAGCCCCGAACUCUCCGGUCUGGGCCGGAUUCUCGAGGAGUGCAGGACUGACGACUUCGAACCAUACUUCCUAGUCAGGCCUGACGUGGAGCGACCUGACUUCACCUUCAAGAUUGCCAUCUCUCCGCCGCUGACCCAGAUGAUGAUCAAUAGCGCCACUCUGGGACUCCCCAACGUGUAUAUCCCGCUGCGUAAUGAGAAUAACCCCACUGCCAUCACGCUCUUCUUGUCGAAGCACGAUGGCCUGGAACCCGAUGGCUUCGCGAUCAGUGGCUUCCCCAGAGUGCUGCUCGGAGAGCCUAAGAAUCCCAAAACCAAACGUCCUGUACGCAAAAGUUCUGAAGCGCACCUGGUCCGACCAUCGUCUCGUGCAACGCAACUUGCACGAGCCGACGGCGACAGCCUGUCACUGAAUGGUGCCAACAUGUCAUCCGGUAGAUCUGAGCAAAGCGAUGAAUCGUGGCAGGACGUGCAAUCUAAAAAUGGCAGGCCCGCGAGUGCGGAAAAGAAGCAGUCUUUAUCGGACCUCAUCGCCCAACAUCAAACCGGAGGCGGCAGCAGCAUCAGGGGGAGAACGAAUCGAUUCUGGUCAUAUAUUGGCAACACUCACAUGGCGCAAAAUCCAGAUCUGUACAGUCCCGACGAGCUCGCCAAGCACGGCGUGGAUGUCUCGGCCUUUCCCAGGCCUCCUUCUGCAGCGGCAAAUGAUCUACCUAAUACUGGCUUUCCCCCCAACCCAUCACCAGAACCGAUCGUGGACGCACCCAGCAUAGAGAGUGUCACUGCUCUCCCUUCGUUGCGAUCGAGGUUUGCCGUCCCCCCAAUGUCCGGGAUACCAGAACUGGACGAUAGGAAGACCAAAGCCGAAUUUCACGGAUACCAUCCCGGCCCGCACCCUCUCCUCGCACUGACUCAACCCACACGAUCGCAGGUCGAUAUCAUACAUCAACUCCCCACACGUGAAGCCUCAGCAGCCUCCAACUCUACCAGCCACUCCUCCUCCACAGCACAGAACUCGAGCGAAGCCUCGGGGAAACAGGACAUACCCAGCAUGUUUGAGACAGGGUUCGAGGAGGAGGACGACGACUGGAUCUCAACAUACAGUGGGGAAGAAGUCAUGCUCGCAGAAGCGCAUGCAAGCCCGCUAGUUCAGUUCCCGCAUGUUUUCCCCACUCGCGCCAGCAGUAAAAGGAACCCGGCCGAGGAAAGCCCCCUAGAAGCUGCUAUUUCAGGCGCUUUACCUGAUGAGAACACGGCAUCUGCGCUAGAUCGAUGGCUCGCCGCACAGAAACGAUCGUCGGUGCGGAACAAUAAUGAACGACUCAAAGUAGUACAGGAGGAAGCUGAAGGAGUGGACGAAUCAUGAUUGGGAAAAGAGUGGGAAAAGGAACGAAGGAGAGGGCGAUCGCCCAUUCAUUCGGCUACACGGGAAAAAUGAGUGAGGGGAAAGACGACGAAAUUAUAUGUAGAGUUCAAGCAAUGACCGAAUGGAUCAGCACCAACCACGCCACGAUACCCUAAUGUUAUUUUAGUGUAGAACAAGAAGAACAAGAAGAAUCCGCCCGCCGAUGGAGGGCGGGGGGAGAGAGGGGAGGAAAUCAAAU